CUCACUCUCAUCUCCUCGAUUCCAAUCUUCACCAGACAAACCCAGAUCUCGAAGAACAAGCAAGACAAAAAAAAAAAAAAAAACUUUUGAAAGAAUGAAAGCAGGGCUAAACUUACCAGCAGGAUUCCGAUUCCAUCCAACGGACGAAGAGCUUGUGCAAUUCUACCUUUGCCGUAAAUGCGCGUCGGAGGAGAUCUCAGCUCCGGUCAUCGCCGAAAUCGAUCUCUACAAGUUCAACCCCUGGGAGCUUCCUGAGAUGUCUCUGUACGGAGAGAAAGAGUGGUACUUCUUCUCACCACGAGACCGGAAAUACCCAAACGGUUCGCGUCCUAACCGGGCGGCGGGAACCGGUUAUUGGAAAGCCACCGGCGCUGAUAAACCGAUCGGUAAACCGAAGACGCUGGGUAUUAAGAAAGCGCUCGUGUUCUACGCUGGGAAAGCUCCAAAAGGGAUUAAGACCAAUUGGAUUAUGCACGAGUAUCGCCUCGCUAAUGUUGAUAGAUCGGCUUCUGUUAACAAAAAGAACAACCUUCGACUUGAUGAUUGGGUGUUAUGUCGAAUCUACAACAAGAAAGGGACCAUGGAGAAGUACUACCCUGCCGAUGAGAAACCGAGGACCAUGACGGCUUCAUCGCCUUUCGAUGCGUCGGACUCGACUUACCCGACACUGCAAGAGGACGACUCGAGCAGCUCGGGGGGUCGCGUGGUGUCGCCGGAUGCGCUGGAGGUUCAGAGCGAGCCUAAAUGGGGAGAGCUCGAGAAUGCUUUUGAUGCUUCCAUGUUCGAUGGUGGCUCCAUGGACUUGUUGCAGAGUGAAGAUUUUGUGCCUCAGUUCUUGUACCAGCCUUCUUAUGAUUUCAACUCCUGGCAGGAGGAUCCGCCGGAGCAGAAACCGUUCUUGAAUUGGAGUUUUGCUCCACAGGGGUGAAAAGGGAAGAGAGUGAAAGGUUUUUUGGUCUGUAUUGUGAUGUGGUAGAGAGAAGUUCUCAACCAUCUUUUGUUUCUUAGUAGUGAGAAAAAAAGAUUGUAGUGUGUUGAUAGUUUCUUAGCAUUGUCUCGUUGGUAGGCAAAUUCUUGUUAUUUUAUCAGAAAUUUAUAUGAAAAAUUAUACAUUCUUCAAGA